GAAUCCACGCAGUUCGUGGUUGCGCGACCAUUAAAACGGACAAGUCUUUGCCAUCAUUCGGACCCAUAAGGGUUUCAGUAACGUUCGUACUAGCGUAGAGAAUAGGAAGGAGAUAUUUUAAGAUAUCACGCACAUAUUUCAGUGUGAAUCGACUGUCGCAUUGUAAUUAAAAAUGUUCACCGGUUUAACGAAUCAGGUGUCUACAUGGAUGGGAAAGAAGGCAGAGGAUGCCGGCACGGAAUUACCACCUGAGGAAAAAAUUCCUGUUACUGCCGAAGGAGAAGAAUUGGACAGGAAAGAUAGCCCGACCAAAAGCGGCAGCAAAUUGGAUAUGCUGGUUGGUGUGAAAUCCCAGAUGACAGGCUGGUUUAGCGGUGGAAUUCCUGGACUGAGCCGCGGUGGACAAGGAAAUGAAGGCGAAUCGCAGGGCCCUAAAACAAUGAACGGGGCCCAAGUGGCACAAACCACCACCGAGGGUACCGUCGAACAGACGAAAGACGACGAUGCUAGUAGUAAGCGAUUGAUAAGCGCAACUGGCGGAGCCGAUAGUGGUCCUGCGAGCUUAGAAGGUUCUCCAUCCGAGGAUAAGGAAGGACAACAAGCAUUUGGAGGAGUUUCAACGAAAGCCCUGGCAGGCGCCAAGACCCUCGGAGGAUUUUUGUACAGCGCCGUGAAUAAAGCUGGAAAAACCGUGGUCGAGGCUGGGGCAAAGAUCAAGAAGACCGUCGAGGAGAACAGAUUGGUCGCCGAGCUGAACAGAGAACAGGAGGCUUUCAUUGCGAACAAGCACACCGAAAAGGGUGAGGCCGUCGCACCGUGGGUCGGCGCGCCUAACGAGGACAUACUCCGCGAGGAAUGCUUAUCUCUCUCCAUGGAUCAACGCAAUUUCUUAAAAUCCCCGCCAAAGGAAGUCGAUUUCCCAUGGGACUUCGAGGCCGUACAACCGAUGGCGCAAGCCACUCUCGCCUUGGAUCCGAAUUUGGAGAACAUGAGGUUCCAACUGGUGCCGAAAGUAAUAUCAGAGGAGAAUUUCUGGCGGAACUACUUUUACCGGGUGUCGGUACUCCGCCAGAGCCACGAGCUGAACACAAUGGCCAACCAGGCGGAAAACAACUUAAAUCAAACAUCCGCAGGAACUGUGGAUCAAGCUGAAGUUCAAGUGACCACUGGCCAGGAAAGCAGCGGAACCGUGAUGACCGGGAGUAACAGCGCGUUGGCCGAUUCGCCGGGCCACGAAUUCGUGUCCGAUAGCAUGAGGGUCUCGGACACGGACCUCGAAGAGGUCCGGGAAGGCAUGAAAAAGCUGGGGAUGCAGCCGCCUAAAGCCUAAGAAGAGGAGAAUCCCCCCGAUAUAAAAGCAUUAUCCAAAGCACACCCCUCAGAAAUAAAUACGACAAGCUUCUUUCCCCGUCUCGAAGGCCGACGUUGAGCUUUUCGGUUCUCGUCCACAAUUUCCUUCUACCCUCCUUCUCUUUUUUUUUACUUUUCUUAUUUUUCUUCCUCUUCUUAUUCGUUUCUUCGCGUGGUUAAUCCCCGUAAAAUAAUCAUAAUUAGAGUGUAAAUGCGAGGAUGUUCUCACGGGACGGACGAUCCUCGUUGUUUUUUUGCUUCCUUGUAUUUUGCUUUCUCGUAACAUAAUCCUUUCAAGUGUCUCUCGGUUUUUCUGUUCAUUUUAUUUUAUUUUAUUUUAUUUUACUUUAUUCUUCCAUUAUCGUCUCCCAAACCCCGAUAAGAAAUCGACAAGAUGCCACGCGUGUAACAAUCGAUCGACGAUGUUAGGGGUAGUUUUUCGUUAUCGUUGCUAUCGUUAUCCGCCGAUAUCGUUUGCGAUUGUGUCGUCGUCACCGUGGUUGGUCGCCGCCUCGAUUCACGCGAGACGUGAUGUGGGAUCAUCCCUGUUUCAUUUUCUUUUUUUUUCUUUUUUUUUUUGCCCCCUCCCCCGGAGACAAUAGAUUUGCGCUCGAGAAAGAAAAGAGAGAAAAACGAGAGAGGAAAGAGAUAGAGAGAGGGAGAGGUGGGGAAUAGACGAAGAAAAUAAACUAAGUAAUAAAUAGCGACUUUUUUUUUUUAUAAAGAAAGAGACACGUCGGAUUUUGAAACGUGAUAAGAAACAACGCGUAAAAAUCGAUGAUAGCGAGUAGUGAUUACACGCGAUUAAUGACAUGUGUGUUGAGGGGAGAGCAAGAGAGAAAAAGAGAGAAUGAAUGAAUGAAUGAAUGCUAAGUAAGAGAAAGUGAGAGAGAGAGAGAGAGAGAGAGAAAUUGUAAGAAUGUAAUAGAUGCGCGAGGACACCUCUUUUGAGAAAAGAACGUGAUGUAGAAGAUGAAAUAAAGAGAAGAAAAAAAAAUCUUUGGUAAAAAAUUAAAAGACGAAUUAAAAGACGAAUACAAAAAAAUAUAUAUAUAUAUUAAUAUAUAUAUAUAUAUAUAUAAAACGCAGAAGAAAAAUCUUGUAAAAUCACACGAGCAAAGAUAAAAAAAAACUCGAUUAAAUGUCUGUAUGUCUGUCCGUUUGUCUGUCGUCUGUCUGUCUUCGUUCUUAAUUAAUAAAUAUUGUCUCUUGUCGAUUCUUUCCGUGUUGUAAAACAUUAAGGAAAUAUUAAAACACAUAACACAAGAGAAAGAGGGAAAAAAACCAAUAAAGAAAGGGAGAUGUAAAAAUGAAGUGGAAAGAAGAGAAAAAAGGUAGGAAAUAAAUAAAAUGUGAAUAGAGGGGAAGGACGACGCGAAAUUGUGACUCUGACUCUUGAAGAAAAAUAUUCUUCGGAAGUGAUUUUCCGAAUUGAAAGAAUAAAUAGUCAAACGAAAGAAACUUACCUUACUUAAUCGUAAUCAGUAUCUUGUUUAAAAAGAAAAAAAAGAAAAAAAGAAAGAACAAAGAAUUUGAAAAGUAUAAAAGGGAUAGGAGAGAAGACAGAGAAAGAAGGAAAAGAAUUUAAUAAAUAUUAAAAAAGAAAUAAGAGAAAGAGUAAGAUAUAAAAUUCGUUGAACGACAAUACAUGUUUUAAAAGAAAAUAAUUAAAAAAAAAAAAAAAUAAAUAAAGAAAUAAAGAAAACUAAAUAAAAUAAAUAAAACGGGAAUCGAGGUGUAACUUUCGUCUCGUCUCUCGUGGGUGUAGUCCUCAUAGAUGAUUUUCCUUCCAAUUCAAUUAAACAUAAAUUUAACAAAGAGAGUUACACGCAACAGAUUCACGGUAAAAAAAAAAAAAAAAACGAACGACCGGGGGCGAUCCGUUUACACGCCCGUCCACUGGAACAAACUUCAAAAAUCGUUGUACGUUAUAGAAUAAGGAAAAAAAAGAAAUGAUUAUAGAGAUAAAAGUUGAAGGGAAGAGAGGGAGGGGGGAGGGAGAAAUUUUUUUUUUUAAUCGAGGAAAAAAAAAAGAAAGGAAGGACGACAACAACUGGGGAGGAAAAUCGUAGUAACGAUUACAGAGACGAGGUAGAAAUAAAUUAAUUUAUACAUUUUCUGUAUGUCUCUGGGCGGACGCUUAAGCGGUGUAAACGAGCACGAGAAAAUCCGCACGUGCACCGGUGCACCUGAUUUCGAAAUGAAUAAAAUGGGGAGAAAGAGGGAUAAAUAGAGAGAGGCACGAAGGGGAAAAAAAAUGUACGAUAGAAACAAAUUGACAAAGAAAAAAAAGUAAAAAUAAUAGAAACGACUGGCUGGUAACGCGCGAAGCCUCGAUAUACCAACACUCGCGAGGCUAUCGACUAGACUUGACAUGGAGAGCGCGUGUAAAGACGAAUCGAUACAUACACAUACACACACACGUACACGUACACGCAGAGUAGAGUUCGUUAGAGGGAGAGACAGAGUAUAUGUGUGAGAAAGAGAGGACGAGUAUAGGUGAAAAAUUCGGUUGGCACGAUUUUUCUCAGUUCGAUGCGUGAAUAUAAUUUGUAUACAUGUUAAAAAUAAUAAUAAUAAUAAUAUUAAUAAAAAUUAGAUGAUACGAGCUUCGGAACGAAUUUAAACAUGGAAACGACGAUAAUAAUUGAUACACGGCGCAGUCUGUAAGGUGUAACUUUUGGACAAGCGAGGGAUUGAGUACGAGUUUCGCGGGAAAAUUAUUUUAGGGAAAUUUCCCAAGUCAAAUUCGAACGAUUCGAGACCGUAAUUAGCUUAAUCGUAUUAAGGAGAGUUUAUUCGCGGCUCGAUCGAUCGAGUCGGACGCGUUUCUCUCGCGUUUCGCGCGGAACGAAACUUCCGGUCCCAACGCCGCCCCUUGUUUUUUCGCCAAUAGACGAUCGCGAUUAUUCGCGCGCGAGAAACGAUUUCAUCGAAGGAGAGAAAGAGAGAGAGAAAGAGAGAAAGAAUUGGAAUCGCUUCGCGACGAGAUCUCGAUUUAUUAUAACGAGGAUAAAUAGAAUGUUCGCGGAUCCAUCAAAUCUUCGAGGGGAAUAUUAAUUCAACCGCUGGCGGAUGAAGGAGGGAAAAGCGUGGCGAGGCACGCCGGAAAACCCCACCGUCUCUUCGGUUCUUCCGUUUUCGCCUUUUCACCCUCCACCCUCCCCCCUUUUCUCGGUUCUCUCCAUCCCUGCGUGUGAUUUGAGUUUUUGCCUCUCUCGCCCUUCGCCCUUCUCCCUCCUCCCGCCUAACCUCCUACGCUCCUCACCUCUCCCAACUAACACUAACACAGAUACACGAUUUAAUUCUGGCACACGGAGACACACGGACACGAGGCUCUCUCGUCGCGAGAUCGAUGUGAAGAAACAGGCGGCGAACGCUACGUACAUGUUGGAAACAGCUCCACACCGUACGCGUGGAAAAUCUCGAUUCGUGAAUCUAUGAACACGUAAAAAUAUACACAAUAAUUUCGAGUAAAUCGUACGAUGUAGACACAUUAAAAUACUGACACCGCAUAUAGAACCGAAAAAACGAAUACACACACGCACGCAAACACACACAUACACAGAAAACAUAUACACGCGCCGAACAAGAGGCCGCGUGGCCCGCUUGAAACUAGCUACAACGCUUGUGAAUCUCCAGCAGAGGAAGAUUGGGAACGCGAAUUGGAAGCGGAGCUGAAGGAUUACGAGGUAGUAACAGGUAACGAAGAGAGGAGCAGCGUCGAAACACCGGUGAGAAGCAGCGGCGCGUUGGAUAAAGAUUGGGAGAAGCAGAUCGACGAGCUACUUGCCAACGAGGACGACGAGGACCUCAAGUGAACUGGGAUAUCCUCUUUGUGAAUCGGAUAGAGAGGACGAUCUUUGUCGCGUUUUGGAUCAUCCUGCGUUUAAAGGGGACUAGUGUGAGAGAUCGCCGGCUGGGAUUGUUGUGUGUCUUUUCUCCAUCGACUUUCCUCCGCUUGUUUUUAAAGGAAUAGAGGGGAUGAAAGAAGGAUCUCGUCUUUCUACUUCCCUUUCCCUUUCGUUCUAUCCCUCUUUCGCGGUCGUUGAGACGUCGCCAUAGGGAGGGAGAAAAGAUUUCUUUUUCGAAGGGAGGAUCGAGACUGCUUGGAUGAUAUAAAAAUGUAAUAAAAAUGUAAAAAAAAAAAAAAAAAAAAAAAAGAAAGAAAGGAAAAAACAUGAGAGAGAAUGAGACUAUGUUUCGGUACUUCUUUUUUUGUAUUGUUAUUGUUAAAACGAUUGUAAUUAAGGAUAGAGAGAUAGAAGAAAGGAAAGGGGUGUUUGAAGAAGAAGACGAAAGGAGCUGUUCCUCGUUUCCUCUUCUAUGGGGUACUUUCCUCAACAACGCGUACGUUUGCGAUCCUCGAACACGAUGAAGAUAAGAUUUAUAGAGAGAAUAAAGGGGAAAAAGAGGAACACGGGAAAAAGGUUCGUGCGAUGAUUGUAAGAAUAUUAUUUUACCGAUCGAUCUCGCUUUUUUCUUAAACUUUUGUCGAUAUUUUUCAUCCAUCGAUGAUCCUCUGAACGGUGGACGGGUGUGCACAUGAAAUGAUACAUGCUUUUAACGCAAUACUUAUGUCAAUUGUUAGAUUCGUUUAUAAGGGCGAAUAUGUAAUAUUUAAAGAGAAUAAAAAAGAAAGAAUUUCCGAAGUUUUCCCCUUUGUAAUAUCGAUCGUUGUAUUUAAUGAACAAAAAGAAAAAAGAAAAAAAAAGAAUAAAUAAUUAAAUAAAAAUGUGCUACUUCUAACAUCAAGCAUGUUAUAUAAUAUUACACAAAAUGCACUGUGCUACGGAAUAAAUAUGUAUGUAUAAAAAAUGAAUAGAUGAAUAAAUGAAUGGGGAGAAAAAACGAAUGCUUCUUCAUCGAGUUCGAAGGAUCGAGGACUAUCCGAAGUGACACAUUACACUGCCGUGUGCCGAAGGACACCGUUUCGAACGAUUAUUGUCAACUAUUGGCUAUAUUUUUUCCCCCUAAGAGAAAAAGAAAAGAAACAAUUUAUGAGCGAUGAUCACGUUUUUCCUUAUCGUUAUUCGUUAAUCGUAGAUAUUGUUCGCCAAAAAUGAAUUUGAUUCGAUGAAGAGUUACGAAUAGAAAGGAAAAAAUUGGUAAAAAUCUACGCAAUUAUUAUUAUUAUUAUUAUUAUUAUUAUUAUUAUUAUUAUUAAUUAUUAUUAUUAUUAUUACUAAUACUAUUAUUAUCAGGCGCAUUUGUUAAUGUUGAGUCGUUAAAGAUAUAUUUUUUGCGUUAAAAUUUGUCUAAAUAUUUGUUACAUGUUACAAUAUUUACGCUAAGAUCGUUAUGCGUAUUUUAAUAUUGAUACGCAGUAUGUCCACAUGACGGAAGGGCUCAAAUUAUCAAUAGAAUUAAUUAAGAAUAAAAACGAAUCGAUCGAUAGGAAACAAACAAUUUUUCGACAUGAUUUUCUGCAACAUGCCGUCCAAUUAUUUCCUCGACCUCGUUGAAAAAUCGAGGCGAAACAACAAUUCUCGUGUGUAGAUCAGAAAAGAAUCGUGAUGGAUAAAGUUUAGCGUUUCGCGGCACGAUGUUUUAUCUUCAUUAAUGUUCGUUUCCUUCAUCAUAUGGACACUCUGUGAUCGAUAAAGAAAUAUUAAGAGAUUCGAUUGUUAUAUAUUCGAGAUAUGUAUAAUCACGAUAUGAAGAAAAGAAAAAAAAAUGGAUGAACUGUUAUUAUGAUAAAUAUUAAUAGAAGCAAAAGUCAAGAAACUAGAAAAGAGAAAAGAGACGAUUCGUGUAAAUGAUUGUACGAACAUUUGUUAUUAUACAACAAAAAAAAAAGGGGAAAAAGUCAAAGAAAGUAAGUGUCGCAUUCGAAUAAACUCGUACUUCUGAUCGUUUGCGUGCGCCACUAUGUUGAGUCCAGAUCUUUCGUCAAUUCUUCUCAAAUAUUUUUUUAAGUUAUCUUUUUAAGUUACUUUGUCCGUACAUCGAUCGACUAAUUCGAUGUACAUAAGAGUAAAAGAAAAGAAUAAUGAAAACGUAUUUAGCUUAGAAAUUUAUGAAAAAGGAAAGAACCCUUUAAGAAAGACUUGAUUCUGAGCUCAACGCUGGUUCACCGUGUGCGCGUGUUUCAUCCAGUUCGCUGUGAAAUUUUUCAUUCGCACUAGUCGUUAGGUCAAUAUAUAAUACCUAUAUUAUACGAAAUGUAUAUUAACGUUAAGAUAUCGCAAUUAAUCGGGCCUAAGUUCGUCGUAAUAUUAAUGAAAGACAGAAACGCAUAUGUGUUAUAUAUAUAUAUAUAUAUGGAUAUGAUUAAUAUUAUAAAGAUUGAAAUCUGGCAAUUAUAAUUUUCUUUCGAAACGACACCGAUAUGAACGCAAGAAAAAUACGUAAAUCUUUGAACGUGUCUUUCAUUGAUAAUGUUUGUGUAUAUUAUUAUAUUCUAUGAUUCUGUUCAUAGAGUGAUUCUCAUAGAGUGUUAUAUUUCUUGUAUAUGUAAUGUGUUACGAACGCCAUAUAAAUCACGAUUUAUAUAUGCUCUUUGCCCCGACUGAGACAUGAGGAAAUACAUUUUCGCGAAAAGUCCUUCAUUUUUUGGACAAUUAGAAUUGUGGGUCAGAAAAGUAAUAAUAAUAUGAGCAUGUCGAUAAAUGAACGUCUUUCCCUUCAAUGGUCAAAACAACAAAAGAAAAAAAAAAAGGAAAAAAAGAGUAUGAAGAGAAAAUAAAUCAUCAUGGUGUACUUCGGCAGUCCCCUUAUUUCAAAACUCUGUGAAUUGUGUAAUAAAAGUUAUCCUAUGGUACAGUGCAUUCAGUCAUAAGAAUGAACAUACACCUAAUACGUAUAUAAAAUGAUAUACAUAAUAUACAUAUGAAAAUAAAUAAAUAAGAAAAAUAUAUAUAUAUAUAUAAAUACAUAUAUAUAUAUAUAUAUAUAUAUGUUGUUGACUCCAUUGAAAGUAUGAUAAUAUAUUAUGAAUAUUAAUGAGAGUAUAAGAAGGAUAAGCAUUAAUUACAGAACUAUUAAAAGAGAAUAAUUAAUAUAAGUGCGGAAUGUAACAAUAAAGGUCGUGUACCUCGUGAAAAAUAAACUAUAUCAUAAGUAAA